GGCCGUUAAUGAUUCCCAGGAUGACGUGGGGACUAAAGGGCUUUUCCAAGGGUCACCCUGCCGGUGGGGCCACCCUCGCCCGGCCUCGCCCAGCCCCGGCACCGCCACGAUGGUGGCCCUGAGCGACUUCCAGCGGAUCGGAGUGGGCCUGGUCGGCUUCGGCCUCUUCUUCCUCCUCUUUGGGAUCCUCCUGUACUUCGACUCGGUGCUCCUGGCUUUUGGGAACCUCCUCUUCCUCUCCGGCUUGGUCUUCAUCAUCGGCUUCCGGAGGACCUUCACCUUCUUCUUCCAGCGGCCCAAGCUGAAGGGCACCAGCUUCUUCUUUGGGGGGCUCAUCGUGGUCCUCAUGAGGUGGCCGAUCCUGGGGAUGCUGCUGGAGGCCUACGGCUUCAUCUCCCUCUUCAGGAGCUUCUUCCCGGUGGCUUUUGGGUUUUUGGGCUCGCUGGCAAACAUCCCCCUGCUGAGCCAGCUCCUGCAGAAAACGUGGGACAGCGGCUCCAUGGUGUGACCUGACCAGCUCUGGGCCGAGUGGCUGCGGUGGGACAGGGGGAGAGAGCCCCGGGUCCGGCUGUCCCCAGGAGCUGGUGGCUCUUUUGUCCCCAGGACCCUCGGUGCUGGCCAGAGCCAUCCCCCAGCGGGGACAGUGUCCCCUCACCGUCCCACCGAGCUCCUGAGCCGGGCUCCGGGCUCCAAGGGCUGCACCAGGCUGGAUUCUGGAGCUCUUGUGGUUAUUUAAUUCUUUUCUGUGAAAGAUUUAAUUUAAUUAAAAAAUGUCUGAGGGCGA